AUGGUUUAUCAGUUACGCCUACCGGACACUUAUUCGAUGCACCCCGAGUACAAAGUGGAAUCUAUCCUGGGACAUCGCUUUGUAGGCAAGAAGAAAGCAAACCGCCGGAUGUUCCUAGUCAGAUGGAAGGGCUAUGGGCCCGCUGAUGACUCCUGGGUCUCGGAAUAUGACUUACGAAACUCUGCUCAACUCAAGAGAAGCUAUCUGGAUUCCAAAGGCUUAACUAUAUGA